CCCCCAAACCUCGAUGCUCCGCCGUGUCGCCGCGCUCCGGCCGGCGCCGCCACCUUGGCUGGCGGCGGCGGCGGGAUAUGCAUCCAAGUCCACCUCCCUCCCGCAGAAGCAGCAGCGGGUGCGGGACCACGCGUUCGACGGCAUCAUGGAGGUGCAGAAGCGGGUGCGCCGCUUCGUCGCCCUCCACUCCCUCAUCCUCUACGCGGCCUCCCCAACCGCGCUCGCCGGCGGAGGGGCCGGGGCCGUGUCCGUGCCGUUCUCCCGCCUCGGCGCGCUCGCGCGGCGCCAGCUCCGCCUCGCGCCCCUCGACGCCGGGCGGUUCCUCCUGCGCCACCCGCACGCGUUCCACCUCUUCCUCCACCCCGUCCACCGCGUCCUCCACGCCCGCCUCACCCCGCGCGCCGCCUCGGCGCUCCGCCUCGAGGCCGACGCCAUCGCCGCCUCGCUGCCGGGUUCCGUCCUCCGCCUCCGCAAGCUGCUGCUCCUCGCGCCCCCGGACCACCGCCUCCGCCUCGAGCACAUCCGCCUCCUCCGCCGGGAUCUCGGCCUUCCCGACGACUUCGCUGAAUCGAUCAUCCAAUCCCAUCCUGACCUCUUCCGCCUCACCCCCGACCACUUCGUCGAGUUCGUUCCCUCCCCCUCCGACCCACCCGACCUGUCCGUCGCCGCCGUCGAGCGCGCGCGGGAGCAGCACUACCGCGAGCACCGCAACCCUGGCGCCGGGGAGGAGGACGCGCGCUUCGCGUUCCCCACUCGCUUCCCGCCAGGUUUCAAGAUCGGCAAGUACUUCCGCAUCGCGGUCUGGAAAUGGCAGCGACUUCCGUACGCGUCGCCGUAUGCUGACGUCUCCGGCCACGACCUGCGUUCGCUUGAGGCGCGGCACCGCAUGGAGAAGCGCGCUGUCGCCGCAGUCCAUGAGCUGCUAUCCCUUACCGUUGAGAAGCGAACCACACUGGAGCGUCUCGCAUUGUUCCGUGAUGCUCUCGGCGUGCCCAAGAAGAUCAAAGAGUUUUUGCUGAAGUAUCAGGGCAUAUUUUACAUAUCCACGAGGGGGAACCAAGGGAAGCUGCACACCGUGUUCCUCCGGGAGGCGUACUACAAAGGCGAACUCGUGGAUCCUAAUGAGAUAUAUGUCGCAAGGCGGAGACUGGAAGAGCUGCUUAUGUUGAAUCCACAGAAGGCAAAUUUGGACCGGAUGUUCACCAGCAUGGGCCGUGGAUGGGAUGAGCUUGGUGGUGGUCGCCGCGGUGGAGCAGAAUUGAGGGAGGAGUUCCUUGGUGAUGCAGGUGGCAGGAGAGGAAAUGCUAAGACUGAUGGUGAUUAUGGUGGAGAUAGUGGCGAUGACUCAGGAGUUGAGUCACUCUAUAUUGAGUGAGGAGCAGAAUUAUACUGACCGUACAUCAGCUAGGGAAGCUUUUUCUAGAGUAAGCAUCAGCACCAUCUGUAAGCUCACUUUCUUCUGCUGGUCACUUAACAUUGGGGUGUAGUAAUGUUGAUUUAUGGGGAGAUAUUACAUCCUGAGGUUAAAUUUAGAGAUAUGUCUUCUGCUAAAACUGUUGAUAUUGUCAAAUGAAGACUCUGGGUGCUAUCAUGCAACUAACUGUUGAUAUCUUCAAAUGAAGACUCUGGGUGCAAUCAUGCAACUAACUGUUGAUAUCUUCAAAUGAAGACUCUGGGUGCUAUCAUGCAACUGCACUGCAAUGGUUGGAUGGCUUCUUUGUUUGUAAUCCGUUGUAUGAAAAAGGAACAAAGAGAGAUGCGUGGGAGCUGAAACCCCCUUUUAUUAUUUUGAGAAGGCGGUACAGAUUGAAAGGGCAAUCAAUGUACAGUGCAAAAGAUAGUGAUGAAAAUUCAGAAAACAAAUACUACAGGAGAAGUCCAUUCAUUUUGGAACAGAAUGAUGAAGGUUCAUGUAGCACUGCAGCUUGCUCGUUGUUGGUAUGCUUUCCGGAGGGUAUGCUGCAUGGGUUAAAGGACAGUGUCUUAUUCAUUAAUCGAGCAGAAACGUCAUGCAUGAUGUUAACUGCUGCUGAAGAUUGAAAUGUACAAAAACAAGCUACGCUGUCCUCAAUCCUACAGACAUAUUAAGCAAGUCGCUCUCGCUCGAUUUAAAUCCCUUGAUAGUAAGAUUUUCUCAGUUUUUUGCUACUCCGUCAUUUUCAGGAUAAUCCAGAGCAAAGAGGAAGUGAUAUAUGCUCUACAAUCUACAUUGCACUUGUUAUAUAUGGACUUCUGGAGAUAUCAUCAUGUAUCAUUUAUCUCGCCUACAUAAUAGCUGGAUUCUUUUUGGCCCCCAGAUGGACGGAAGAUGUGACGAGCCUGAAAAGCCCUGGUCGUUGGAGCCAAUUAUUAGCUUCAAUUUAUUUAUUUAUAGUCAAUCUAAUAGCCAAUUCAUACAAUAGUCAAUUCAUACAAUAGUUACUUAUAAAAUAUUAAUACAUGGUCUCACAUAUCAUACACAUUGUGCCUUGGAGUCCAUAUUGUAGCUGCUAUAAAUUAGUAGUAUAUCUCUAUUUCUCUUAUCUUUUUAAAAUGUGCUUGUAGCUAGCUUAUAGCCUGCUGUUGUAUCUGUGCUGCACAAACAGCUAGUUGCAGGAAAUAUUUGGAUGCUACAGUAACUACCAAUCAAUCAAUCUAAUCUUUGCAAGGAGGACUAGAGGUAUCAACUCAAGUUCUUUACAGAGAACUGGACUGGUUGCACAGCUAGAACUAUUUGCAAUGACGACCGUG